AUGCAUCGUUCAUCGCUCGAUCGGUCACUGGAAGAACCAACCAAGGCGUCUUGUGUUGAACAAUCAAAAAUCAACAGCCGAUUAGCCAGGGAGCACGCGACCAAGUUUGUCGGUGACGUGGAUGGAUACGCUUCUGCAGAGCUUGAAGUCCACCCACCUUUGAACUUGGUCGUCCAUCACCUGGCUGGCCAAAUGUCCACGGAUAUGGAUACUGGAUGGGCCACGCGUAGGCGGGACAAAUUUCCCAUCUCGGGUGAAACCAACGACACCUCCUUGCCAGGUGUAACAUUCAUAUCCGACCUUCUGAAAGGUAUAGACGUCAAAAGACAAACCAGUUUUACCGAUGAGGAUCUGCCUCAGCCAUUCCGAACCCCCAAAUCCUAUGCACACGUGCCUCAUGAGUAUCUUGCACCGGAUGGCUUCCCUAAGUCAGAGCAGUGGCUGAAUCCUGCUUGCAGAUUCGCCAUUCUAGGGAAAACUGAAGGUACAGGAAGAGGAAGACUAGUUCAAAGAGCUCUGAACUUUUAUCGAGAACAAGGGUACGAGGGCGUACCAGAUCCUAUAUUGCAAACCGAGAGAACAUCGGUCAAAGGCAAACCGAGACAUGCUGAACGCGCUCGCAAGCGCACAGACAAACGGGAGAAAGACCAGUCGGCCAACUCACUUAACCGCCAGGACAAAACCUUUGAUCGCUCCUUUGCUCGAUUCGAUGAUCCAAUUCUACCUUUUGAAAAUUAUGAUCGCUCUAUGGAAAUUGUAUUCAAUUGCUAUACCAUAGUCACCCAUGGUCGGGGACAAUUUUAUGUAGACACUAUAUUGAUGGCGACGAAGCUCUUCAAUAGGCUACCGCUACCGAAGAAGUCCCCCCCUUCGGUCUUCACCUCUGAGGGACCCAAUGAAGGUAGCCACCCCAUUACGUCCUCUCUGACCGAAAAAAACUGUCCGGGGACUUCAGCCUUGCAUCAAUCCGGCGAUUCUUCUCCUCUCUCUUCCCUCCCUGGUUCUGAUACGGAGGAUAUGGAUAUCUCUAAGAGUUUCAACCGGUCUCGCCCUGACAUAAGCACUCAAUUGGCCUGGGCAUGCGAUGCAUUGAGCAAAGAUGAACCUACUGAUUAUGGUAUAUCAAGGCCAUCAUCCCCUUUAUCCUCGCUGGCGGAGUCUUUUUUGGCGCAAAUGCAAAUCUGUGUGCCAUCAUCACCUCUGUCUUCACCGCCGAAUUCGGUGUCGGCUUACAUGGAAGUAUCUGAUGACGAAAUUGCUCGACCGGAUGACCUGCGGUUCAUGUUGUCAUACCCUUCUCCGGUAUCUUCACCUCUAUCUUCGCUUCUUUCAUCACCACUAUCCUCUCUUCCUGCUUCGGAUACGGACGAUCUAGACGAUAUGGAGGUUAUGGAGGAGCCAAAGCAAGAAGCAACUAAGAUAACUGUGCAAAAGCGUAAUGGGAAGCCAACGACCAAUGGGGCUCUGAUCAAUGGCAAGAUGUAUUGUUUUGGCCAAACGCCACAUACUGACAACGAUAAGGGCAAAGUACACUGUCUGUGGUACCCUAUCGACAGUGAGAGUGGCAAGAUUGUUACUGAUGUGGAAGGAUUUGCACUUGAGGGUGGCUGGCUGAUAUUCCCCGAAUUCCGAUUCGCCUUCAACUUUGGCGCCAAAUCUGCGGUUCAGAUUUCUUGGGACAGUAAAAGAACUUUUCAUCAUACUCUUCCCUCAAAGGAAAAAGACGAUCUGAAUAAAGAUGGCAAAAAAGUCCAUUACACCCGUCUCGGGUGCUCCUCGCAGAUUACUCAAAGAAUGGCGCGUGCCAGUGCGAAACUAGGUACCAAUGCCCAAUACAAUUAUAAGUCCAACUGCGAGCGUCAUUUGAGGGACUGUGACGACAUUUUGGCACUUGAUGGGCGCAAAUGGUCCAAGUAA